AUGUUUGCUCGUGCGACAGUGUGCAACCUGUUUGCCGUUGCCAAAAUUUUUUACGUGCUCCAAGCGUUGUGUAUGUCAAGGCCUAACAUACAACGUUUACACAGAGUACUCGCAGUGUUUGUAUGGGGUUCAAGCUGGGAGCGCACCAGUCGCACUAAUCUCUUUCGUUCGGUUAAAAAUGGAGGAUUAGGUCUGGCACAUUUGUUCAUUAGGCAGAUUGUGUCGCGGUUUGUUUUCUUACGGGACCAAAAUGACCCAUUUUUAUUAACUAUGUUUCAGACAAGGCUGAGCGCAGCUAUACCUGAGUUUAUUGUAUCCUCACAUCGGUGCAGUCAAGGCAGAGCGCGUGGUUUCCUAAAAGAGGUAGUCUUGGCGUUUCAGCUGUUAAAGGUUCGGUUCUCCAUGGAAUACCUAAGUAGGGUACCACGAAAGCGCUUAUAUAAGGACCUGGUAGACACAAUGUUGCCGGUGCCAUUGUAUCGCUCUAUGUUCUGCAUUGGACCUGAAAAGGACGUACUAAAAAGAGUAAAACGAAUGCCAGUACGCCCAUCGGUAAAGUCCUUCUUUUUCCAGCUCCACACCAAUACUUUGCCUGUGAAACCGUGGCUAGAUGAAAAAGGUCUUUCCGUGCCUUGGAGCGUCAACUGUUUGCUAUGCCGGAAACCCGAAACAAUAGAACACAUUUUUCUAGACUGCUGGGAUGCUGUGUUCCAUUGGGACAUAUUACAGAGAACACUAAAGAAAGACUUGCCGAUUACACCAUAUGGGAUUCGUUUCUUGCCUACUCUAAAUGAAGACAAAGUACCCUAUGACAUGUUCAUGCUGGUGUCCUUACAUAGCUUAUGGAAAACUAGAAUGGCCGUGAGACAUGCCGAAGUAAAUGCCCGGCCUGUUAGAGAAGACUUCAUUGAAAGCAUUUGUCAUAUUAAGGAAAUGUAUAAUUUGCAAAAAGAAAAACCAACAUGGCUCAGUGGCACCACUGAGCGUGGAUGCUCGUCGGCCAUGGUGUACCAGCCCCCGUUGUAUCUAGGCAGCUUUCUGCCUUUCCUCAUGUUGAGCGUGCGCCUUUUCGAGCUCGGGAGCGGCAUUUUUUCUAUCCUGAAUAGCCUCGUGAGCUUCAUCGGCCUCCUCGAUUGUGACUUCCUCGGCCUCGAUAAGUGCCAGGAUACGUUAUUUCCGCUUUGCUGA